GGCGCCCCCUGGCGCGCGGAGGCUGGCGGCGGCGGCGGCGAUGGCGGCGGCCGGGACGCGGGAGCGCGGGGAACCCGUGGGGCCGGGCGAGCCGGGGCGCCGAGCCCUGUACUUCUGCGGGAGCAUCCGCGGCGGGCGCGACGACCGCGCGCUGUACGGGCGGAUCGUGUCGCGGCUGCGGCGCUUCGGGGUGGUGCUCACCGAGCACGUGGCGGCCGCCGAACUGGGCGCGCGCGGGGAAGAGGCUGCUGGGGGCGACAGGCUCAUCCACGAGCGGGACUUGGCCUGGCUGCAGCAGGCAGACGUGGUGGUGGCAGAAGUGACACAGCCAUCCUUGGGCGUAGGCUACGAGCUGGGCCGGGCUGUGGCCCUCAAUAAGCGAAUCCUGUGCCUGUUCCGCCCACAGUCAGGCCGAGUGCUUUCAGCCAUGAUCCGCGGAGCAGCCGACGGCUCGCAGUUCCAGGUGUGGGACUACGAAGAGGGAGAGCUGGAAGCCGUGCUGGACCGGUACUUCGAGCAGGCAGCUGCCGCCGCUGACCCAGCCACCUGACUUAAUGGCGCCUGAUUAAAGUCUCCUGCUCCCAGA